UGCCUAAACAUAAAUUAUCAGAAUAUAUUUACUUAAAGGUGAUCAUGUAAAUGUGCUGAUGUUUGCUGCUCCCUCAGGCUCCAGCCCUCAGUUCAGCAAGGGCACCUACGUCCCUGUCUUCCCCACAAGGGAGCGUCAGACCACCUGGGAAGGCCGCAUCACAAACACCUCUGACAACGUGGUCACCAUGGCCAUCACCCCAGCAGCAAACUGCAUUGUGGGGAAGUACCAGAUGUAUGUUGCCGUGGUGACACCUUAUGGCAUCCGCAGGACCAGGAAGGAAAGCAGCAGGGACAUGUACAUCCUCUUCAAUCCCUGGGCGGCAGAGGAUGCUGUGUUCCUGGAUGAUGAGACGGAGAGGCAGGAGUGUGUGAUGACCGAGAUGGGGAUCAUCUAUCACGGCGCCUAUGAUGACAUUGCUGAGAGGGACUGGAACUAUGGACAGUUCAACUAUGGAAUCCUGGAUGCCUGUCUGUACAUCAUGGACCGGGCUGAGAUGCCCAUCACCAACAGAGGAGAACCCAUCAAGGUUGUCAGAGUAGCCUCUGCCAUGCUGAACUCUCGGGAUGAUGAAGGCGUGUUGGUGGGGAACUGGAGUGGUGACUACACCUACGGAGUGGCGCCCACUUCCUGGACCGGCAGCAUGAACAUCCUGCUCACCUACAACAGCAGCAAGAUGCCUGUCUGCUACGCUCAGUGCUGGGUGUACGCUGCAGUUUUCAACACCUUCUUACGCUGUCUGGGCAUCCCGUCCUGGGUCGUCACCAACUACUACUCAGCUCACGACAAUGAUGGAAACUUGUAGACUGACAUAAUCCUGGAUGAAAACGGCAGGAUCGAUCGAAACAGAACCAGGGACUCUAUCUGGAACUAUCACUGCUGGAACGAGUGCUACAUGUCCAGACCUGACCGCUUUGGGGGCUGGCAGGUUGUGGAUGCAACACCACAGGAGACCAGUGAUGGCAUGUACAGAUGUGGACCUGCGUCAGUCCAGGCCAUCAAGCACGGACAGAUUUGCUUCCCAUUUGACGCUGCGUUCGUGUUUGCCGAGAUUAACAGUGAUGUGGUGUUUCAUUCCCGGAGGAAAGAUGGAACCAUGGAGCUAGUCAGAGUGAACCGAACUCAUGUAGGCCGCCUGGUUCUGACCAAAUCUCCGGGAGAUGUGACUCGCCGCGACAUCACGGAUCAAUACAAAUUUGCUGAAGAUAAGAAGGAGGUGGCCAGUGUGGAGUCGAAGAACUACAUGAAGCGUCUGGUGGAACAAGCUAAUCUCCACUUCAUUGUUACGGGGAAGAUCAGAGAGACCGGUCAAAUCAUCACCGCAAUGAAAGUCGUCACCCUGCGCAACCCCAAACUCAUCGUAGAGGUGUCUGGUAAAGGCAAAGUGAGUGAAGAGAUGAUAGCAAAUGUGGAGUUCACAAACCCCUUCAGCUUCAACCUGGAGAACGUCUACAUUCGCAUGGAAGGACCUGGGAUGAUGGAGCCAAAGUCCAGGUAUUACAGGCUGAUCACAGGAGGCUCUUCUCUGACCUGGACCGAGUAUUUCACUCCACAGAGGGCCGGGACAAGCAGGGUGAUCGCCACUCUGGACUGUCCUGCUCUCCGGCAGGUCCAAGGCCAGGCGUCUGUCAACCCCUGAGAAUUGCUACGUUCACAAACACCCAACAUUAUUUAGCCUCAGUUAUUCUUUUACCACAUAUGGGCCUAUAUCAUUGUUAUGCAACUACAGUUUUUCAGCUACAUAGCUUCAGCAUUGCUGAUAUUGUUUUCAAAUGCUGCACAGAUAGUAGUCAAAUUAAUAGCUAGCUGCUAAAUGGGAUAUAUUUUAUAUAAUAUAUAUAUAUAU